UAACCCCAGAAACCCCAUCACCAAACCCCCAAUCCGACCUCCUCUCUUUCCUCUCCCUCCCCAAUUGGUCCCAAAACCCUAGCUUCCUUAGCCUCGCCAAAACCCUAACCCCGGUCCACGUCACCUCCGCCCUCCAAACCCUCACCCUCGAUCCCCCCACCGCCCUCUCCUUCUUCGAUUGGAUACCCCGCGUAAACCCUAAUUACAAACAUGCCCCUCAGUCCCACGCCGCCCUCUUCAAAACCCUAAUUCGAUCCAGAUACUUCUCCCCCCUGAGCAAUGUUGCAAUUCGAAUGAUUGGCAGCUGUGACUCCCCUAAAGAUUUGAUCUUUGUGCUGAAUUUGAUCAUUGAAGGUAGUGCCGGAUUCAUCCCCUCGAUUCGAUGCUACAAUAACCUACUGAUUGCUUUGUCUAGGUUUAGAAUGGUGGACGAGAUGGAGGUUGUGUUUCGUUGUGUUAGGAAAAGGAAUAUUUUGCCGAAUGUUGUCACCUAUAACGCUAUGGUUGAUGUUUACUGUAAAGAGGGGAGGAUUGCAGAGGCUAGGGUUUACUUUAGGUCGUUGGUUCAGUCGGGGUUAUGCCCGGAUGUGCAUACGUAUACAUCAUUGAUGAAAGGGUACUGUAGAACAAAGAGAGGCGAGAAUUUGGAUAGGGCUUGUUGGGUACUCUUGGUUUUGUUACCGGAGAAAGGAUGCUCGAGGAAUGUCGUUUCUUAUACUGUUUUGAUUGACGGGUUAUGUAAAGUUGGGAGGUUGAAGGAGGCUUUUUGGUUGUUUUCGUCGAUGGAGAGUGAUGGGUGUUACCCCGAUGUACAUAGUUAUACUGUGGUUAUCGAUAGUUUGUGUAAAGAAGGUAGAGUUAAGGAUGCAGAGACGAAGCUGAAUGAGCUUUUGGAGAGACGUUUUGUGCCGAAUAUUGUCACUUACAAUGCUCUGAUUGAUGGGUAUUGCAAAAUUGGGGAGAUUGAUGCGGCUUUCGGGAUACUGGAGUUAAUUGAGAAGAAGGGGUUGAGACCGAACGUUAGGACUUAUAGCGAAUUAAUUCAUGGGUUUUGUAGGGAGGGCAAGGUGCACAAGGGGAUGGCUUUAUUGAAUAGAAUGAUCGAUGCAGGGAUAUCACCUAAUGUUGUCACUUAUACCAUUUUGAUUCAAGGGCAAUGUAAUAACGGUUGUUUAGAUAGUGCAUUUCGGUUGAUAAAUUUGAUGGAAGGGAACAGUUUGGUUCCUAAUGAAAGGACUUGCUCCAUUCUGAUAGACGCUCUUUGUAGAUGUGGGAGAGUUGAUGAAGCUGUUGCAUUCUUCAGAUCCCUUGAGAAGAAGAGUGUUGCCGUAAAUCAUGCGGUAUAUACUUCAUUGAUAAAUGGGCUUGGUAAAGCAAGAAAGCUUGAGCUUGCCCGUUCUUUUCUAGAGGAGAUGAAUUCAAAGGUGAAAGUACGAGAUCCUUUUGCUGACAGUGCUUUGAUUGAUGCUUUGUGUAGAGAGAAAAGACUGCAGGAAGCUAUGAGAGUACUAGAUACAAUGCUGGAGGAAAAGAUUGUUCCCACAGUUGUAACUUAUACAAGUCUUGUUAUUGAGAUGUUCAAAGAAGGAGAAUUUGGAGAAGCCCAAAGAGUUUUGGAGCAGAUGGUUUCUUCAGGGUGCAAGCCAGAUGUAGGCAUUUAUACUGUGUUAAUUGGUAGUUGUUGCUCACAAGGGAGUCCAGAGGAAGCUGAAUCUGUUAUUUCAUUAAUGAAAGAACAAGGAGUUUUCCCAAAUCUGAUCACUUACAAUACACUAAUUGAUGGAUAUGGAAGAUUGGGUUUGGUUGAUCGAGCUUUCUCUGCUUUCAAGAGCAUGAUAGAGGCUGGAUUUAAGCCCAAUGGUGAUACGUAUUCUCUUUUACUCAGAGUUGUCUUUAAAAAGAGAUCGUCCACUGGUGUCUCAGUUUGCACUGUUGAUAUGUGGAAGGCUUUAAAGAUGGAUGAUGUGCUUGAGCUUAUAAAGGAGAUGGUAAAACAUGGUUUCAUACUUAGCAGUGACACCUAUAACACUCUAGUGACAGGAUUCUGCAAAGUUGAUCGGCUAGAAGAAGCAAGACUUUUGUUCACUCACAUGAAAGAAAAUGGUUUGUCUCCCAUUGAUGAUGUAUAUACCUCCAUCAUAGAUUGUUGCUGCAAAUUGAAAGAAUAUUCAGAAGCAUUGGAACUUAUAAAUUCUGCUACCAGGAAUGGUCUGCUUCCAAGAUUGGAGUCUUAUCAGCUCCUUUUGUCAGGCCUUUGCGAUGAAGGGAAUUUUGAGCAGGCGAAAUUAGUCUUUGAGGAUUUACUUUCCAGGGACUAUAAUUGUGAUGAAAUUGCAUGGAAAAUUCUUGUGGAUGGAUUGCUUGUGCAAGGGCAUUCAAGUAUAUGCUCAGAGAUGUUUUCUAUCAUGAUGGAGAGAAAUUGUUGUUUUAGUUCUCAAACACAUGCUCAGUUGGUUAAGGAAUUCACUGAUGGCAGCAAUGGAGGUGUAAAGUGACAUUAAGCUUGGAUCUCCAUUAAUUCCUAUAUAUGAUGAAUCCAUUAUUUGCCAGAUGCUUGGAUGAGAUGCACUGUCUCUGUGCAUGCUGAGGAACACUAAAAGUCAAGUUCCCGAGGCAUCUGUCAAUAUUUUGGUGACUCUGCAAAGGCAGGCAAGUCAUCCUUCCAUCAUUUUUCAUGUUCUUUUGUUCUUCGAUGUAGUAGCACAAAUUGUAAAUCAUUCUUUCUUUCUUCGAUGUAAUAGCACAAAUUGUAAAUCAUUCUUUCUUUCUGUGAUGUUCU